AUGCGGGGUUCGUCCCCGACGACGUCAACGGGCAGAUGGGAGGGAGCGGCUGUUGGGGCGGGAAGGUGUCGCGAAAAUCCAGAUGCCGAUAAGGAACGACUAGGGAUUGAAGUAGUAGUAGUAGAAGGUAAAGGGGAGGAAUUAGACCGUAAGGCAAUGAAUGAUGGAAUGGCUGAGGAAAGAAGUGUGGCUUACUCAAUCAAUUCAAUCUUUCCCCGAUACAGGCACGUGGCGAGAGUCUAG